CCAGAAAUAUUGCCGGUUCUCAAAGGAGCGGAGCUGAAAGAAACAUAAAAGGGAAAUACUGAUGCCUAAGACGGCACACAUACUCGGACAACAAAGGACUAUUUGUAUAAGAUUGGAAAGAUCCGGUAGACGAAGAGUUAAGACCAGACAUCACACUGUUUAUCACACUGGCUAGGUGGCUAGCUAGUUCCACAGCGAUUUAGUAAUGGAAAGCUCGUGCGAGUUCUCAUUUUAAGGAUGUAAGCUGCGCGUGGAGUGGAAGUGUCGUUGCUUGAAGGUGCCUCCGAGUAUCAACUCAUUGCACAGCUAUAUUGGUCUCAGCAACUUCGAAGAAUGUCAUAAAGUAAACGAUCAGGCGAAAUACUUCUUCGAGACACAGAGUGAAGAAAGUCUCAGGUUUGAUCAUUUAGGUUCCAUGGUGUGGUCCAGAGUGGGGGCCGAAGGCAUGUCUCACAGGGCUCUGAGGGCUCUCUGCAUGGGGGGACUCUGCCAGCGUCGUCCCUUCCUGGACCUCUAGAGAAAGAUCCAGCCCAAAAUGACAGAAGUCCAGUGAGCCCUGGCCCUGACGUUACUCGCAACCCCUCCUUCACCCCCUUGCCCUGCCCUGGCUGUCUAAGUGCACGAACAUGCUGCGCUUCCUUCCUCUCAAGCUGGGCCGCCUUUACCGCUGUCUGAAGCUGCUCUUCGUCGUGGGCCUGUUUGUGAUCCUGUUGAUGAACACACACAACCUCUUUGCCUCCUUUCAGAAGAACGAGCUCACCGACCGCCGUUUUAUCAACCUCAACAAGUGCCCGGCUUGCUUUGGCACCAGCUGGUGCCGCAAGUUUAUGAACGGGCAGGUGUCCUUUGAGACGUGGGGUCGGUUACGUUUCCUCGACGUCUUCAACGUGAAGAACGUGUUUUUUGCACAGUACGGGGAGCCGCGGGAGGGAACAAGAAGGAUAGUGCUGAAGCGCCUCGGCUCCAAUCAGGAAUUGGCCGAAAUUGACCAGAAGAUCUGCAAGAGGGCUACGGGUCGCCCACGCUGUGAUCUCAUUCAAGCCAUGUACAAAACUGAGUUUGCCCGCCUCAAUGGGGAUGUCAGACUGCUAACCCCUGAUGUGGUGGAGGGCUGGUCGGACCUUGUUCACUGCCCCUCUCAAAGGUUGCUGGACAGGAUUGUAAGGAGGUACGCGGAGACGAAGGAUUCUGGAAGCUUCCUCCUGAAGAACCUAAAGGACACGGAGAGGAUGCAGCUGUUAAUGACCCUAGCUUUUAAUCCAGAGCCUCUUGUACUUCAGAGCUUUCCGUCAGACGAAGGCUGGCCGUUUGCCAAGUACCUGGGAGCCUGCGGCCGCAUGGUAGCCGUCAAUUACGUGGGGGAGGAGCUGUGGAGCUUUUACGACGCUCCGUGGGAGAAACGGGUGGACCUGGCCAAACAGCUGAUGGACAUCGCCGAGCAGCUGACCAACAAUGACUUUGACUUCGGCCUCUACCUCCUGGACGUGAGCUUCGACAACUUCGCCGUAGGCCCGCGGGACGGGAAAGUCAUCGUAGUGGACGCUGAGAACGUGGUAGUGGCUGACAAACGUCUAAUCAAACAGAAUAAGCCAGAGAACUACGACGUGUGGUAUGAGAGCAAAUUCGAGGAGUGCGACAAGGAGGCAUGCCUCUCCUUCUCCAAGGAUGUGCUGUGUUCCCGGGUUACCGUCGAUCACAACUACUACGCCAUCUGCCAGAACCUUCUCUCACGGUACGCGACGUGGCGCGGAAGUUCCGGCGGCCUCCUCCACAACCCGCCGCCGCACGUAGCCAAAGAUGGACAGUUGGAGGCCCUGCUAGACGAGUGUGCCAACCCCAAGAAGCGCUAUGGACGCUUCCAGGCAGCUAAAGAACUGCGCGAGUACCUCACCCAGUUAAGCACCCCGGCCAGGUAAUGAACAGUUUCGGCGCUGGCCGCCACCUCAGCCAGGGCGGCAGUGUCCUCGCUGAUCUUCGAAAACCCUGUUCCCACUUCUCCAUCGACGUCCCUCCCUCAACGUGUCAGCUCGUGUUUGUUUACCUGAAUCACAGUCGUAGGAAAAAAAGAGAUAAAAAAAAAAAGAGAAAAGAACCAAAACAGCUCAUUUGAGUUUACAUCACAACCCCUUUUGACUUUUAGAAGCUCUAUCCAGUGUCUAAUAGGAUUCUUACCACCGUAGACAGUCUCUUUUGGAGCCACUGGUAAAGGAAGUGAAAUCAGAAGCUGAAGCUCAAAGCUCAAUGCUAAACUUAGCUUUUCAGACACAUCAUCGUUUUGGAACUGUGGUCAUCUUCUUCGUGCUAAUUUGCCCAUCAGGAUCUCAUACUUUCAUUUGGAAUUGGACUCUUGUGUUGCUUACAUUGACUUAGAGCUCAUCUAAGAGCUUAUGUUAAUUAUUUUGGGUGUUGGGGUAUACUCCGUGUUGAAGACAGGGCUUGCAUCGAUCUUCCAAGGAGUUUCAGAUUUUGUGAACACACCCUCUAAGGCAGCUGGAAAUGCCCAUUUGAAAGCAGGUAGGUGGGCAAGCUGCCUGUACAUGUGAGAGGGGCAUGUCUUAGUGUCUUUUACUUAAGGGAAUCACUUUGACUCACUUUGAGUUUGGCA